UGACGUCAGCGAUCUAGUUGUGUGCAGGAAUGCGGAGUCGUUCGACUCCUGGGAAGCAAGAACGAUCUCCGUGAACCAAGUGGCACAAGCGUCUUCCGCGAGCCUUGGACAUUCGGACGGGAGAGCGAACGCAAGGCUUCGCCAUGGCAGCAGAAAUCGAGCAUUCGCUCUUCCCCCUGAACCUCAGCAUGCCCUUAGCUGGAGACAUGUACGGCCUGUCCGAGCUCUCCAAGACUGAGAUGGUGGCGCCCCAGCUGGUUAUGCUGGCCAACGUGGCCCUGACCUGCGAAGUCAAUGCCAACGAGUAUCUGGGUGAAGAGAGGCAGAUGGCAGAGCUCAAGACGGUAAGCAGCGCGAUGCUGGACAGCGAAGAGGAGGAGGAGGAGGAGGACGACGACGAGGAGGAGGAGGAGGAGCGUGAAAACACGUUCGGUGUGGAGAACGCGGUGGAAACUCCGGCCGUGCCGACCGAGGAGGCCUCACAGGGAGAAGCGCCACCGGAGCAGAGUGCCAGCAGCCCGCCCAAGACUAGCGAAGUGAACUCGGGGCCGCGGGUCAAGCGAGCCCGGGCCAGCAGCAGUGACAAAAGCAAAAAAUCCAAGCCUUUCCGCUGUAAGCCCUGCCAUUAUGAGGCAGAGUGUGAGGAAGAGUUCUUGCACCACAUCAAGGUGCACAGCGUUGAGAAUUUCAUCACGGACGGGGACCCCAAGAAGCAGACGACCCCCCAGAAGGACUCCGAGGAGACCUCUGAAGAAGGCUUCUCUUUUAAAGGCCCCAUUCUGUGUGACCGCUGCGGUUACAACACCAGCAGGUCCGAUCACUACCUGGCCCAUCUGAGGCACCACAACAAGGCGGGCGACAGCCAGCAGGUGUUCAGGUGCACCAUCUGCAGCUACACCACCGUCAGCGAGUACCACUGGAAGAAGCACCUGAGGAACCACUUCCCCAGGAAGCUGUACACCUGCUGCCAGUGCUCCUACUUCUCGGACCGGAAGAACAAUUACGUGCAGCACAUUCGCACUCACACAGGUGAGCGGCCCUACCAGUGCCCACUCUGCAUGUACUCCAGCUCCCAGAAGACACACCUGACUCGUCACCUGAGGACACAUUCUGGUGAAAAGCCGUUCAAGUGCACGAUGUGUAUGUACGUGGCCUCGAACCAGCACGAAGUGACCCGUCACGCCCGCCAGGUUCACAAUGGACCCAAGCCCCUGAACUGCCCUUACUGCAAAUACAAGACGGCCGACCGCAGCAACUUCAAGAAGCACGUGGAGCUCCACGUCAACCCUCGCCAGUUCCUGUGCCCGGUCUGUGACUACGCCGCUUCAAAAAAGUGUAACCUGCAGUAUCACAUCAAGUCUCGCCACUCGGGCUGCUCCGACAUCACCAUGGACGUGUCCAGGGUGAAGCUGCGCAUCAAGAAAGCCGACCCGCACGAUGCCAGCUCGGAGGAGCCGCUGAAAGUUGAAAAGUUGGAGGAGCAGGAGAAAGAUGAAGCCCCCGAGAGUGGCAGAGGCAGAGCUGAGAAGCAGAGCAAAAAAGGACAGAAGGACGAGGGGCAGAACCAAAGUCCACAAAAACAGAUGACCACACGGAGUCAUAAGCCGAUGGGGAAGGUGACAGAGGGACCGGGGAAGGCAGAGAGGCAGAAAGCAAAAGUCGAGAAGCAAAAAGACGCGGCGAAAAAGCAAAAAGAGAAAGACGGCGAAAUGGAAGAAGCACAGACGAGAGCCGAAAGUGGGCAGAAAAGAGCAGACAAGAGUAACGACAAAGUGGAGGAGACGAAAAAGUCCAAGAAGAGAGUGGAAAAGACGAAGGAGAAGAGCGAACCCGUCAAAGAGAAGAGAAAAGAAAAGGGCGCUGAAGAAACGCCCACGGAGACCCCCCGGGGGACAGAUGAGGUGAAGAGGGGCAAAGAACAAGAGGAAGGAGGCCACGAGAAGCUCAAAGAGAAAGCCGAAAAGAAGAAGAAACCCGAGAAGAAGAGGAAGAAGAAGAACACCUGCGAGAAAGAGGCCAAGAGGAAGAAGCUGACCAUCAUCAAGCAGAGGGCCAACAAAAGGCGAGGGAAGAGGAAUCUGCUCAGCGACAACGUCCAAAUGGUGGGCGAGAUGAGGAUGAUGAUGAAGAAGAAGGAGGUAAAAGAGAGACAGCAGAGUCCAGUGGCCGUCCAGGAGGCAAGGGAGCUGUCAGGAAGGCUCCGCAAGACGGACAAGAUGGAGGUCGUGGUAGAGGAAGAAAAGCCGAAAGGCAGGAAGCGAAAAGCAGCGGACCCCCUGCCCGCACCUGCAGCCUCACUUGUAGGGGGCAGAGCCAUCAAGAAAAGGAAGCUUCUCCUUGAGAGCAGACCCCUGAACUUGAGGACCAGCAGGACUCGCCGCAGGCAGAACGAGAGGCACGCGGCCAAAUGCAAACGAAAGCGCAAAGCGAAGGCCACUCUGAGGGCGAGGGUCCACCGCUCCUCGGCUGCCAGACUGCGCCUGAAGCGCAGGGGUGAGGGGGACGUGGAGGAGACCCCUGAUGCUGUUUUAGCCGAUGCUGACCCUGUAGCUCCGCUUCCAGAAGGUGUGGAGGUCCCUGUGGCCACGGAGAGCAUCCAACAGCAGCAGCAGGAUGUUCACCAAAUCCAAGAAGAGAUGGAAGUUGAGCCGCAGCAGGAGGACUGCGAGGAAGAGGAGGAAGAAGAAGAAACAGCCCAGGAUGUGCCACAAGCAGGUACGUCUUUGGAGGGCAGCCCUGCACCACCAGCUGAACUUGUGACUGCGUCACCUGUUGACGCACCUGAAAGCGAAGCUCAGCCGCUGGAGAAGAGCGAGAGCCAAGCCGAGGUCCCUGAGGGGCCACCACCGCUACCCCACACAGACAAAGCCGAGGUAGAGCCCGCCGACGUCGAGGAAGACGAAGGCAUCCACAGUCACGAUGGCAGUGACAUUAGUGACAGCAUCUCGGAGGGUAGCGAUGACUCGGGAUUGAACGGCGCCGCCUCCGCCGAUGGAGCAGCCACCGGUGCACCGAGCAAAAGUGGUCAGGCAGAUGGUGGGCAGUGCCAGGAGAACUUCACCUGCAUCUUCUGUGACCGGCUGUUCUCGGCCGAAGCCGAAUACCGGAGGCAUCUUCAUCGGCAUUUGGUGAACGUCUACUACUUGGAAAGUCAGGAGCAGACCUAAGACACUUUACGGACCUUCAGGGUUCCCUGGCGGUGCCCCUGUGCCCAUGUCCUGACAUUUGUCCUCCAUUGGUGCGACACUCACAGCCGACUCGGCUCCUGCUACAUUUCAGUUGGCUUUGGCCAUCUUGCACCGGUGGCCCUGGGGUUGAGCAUCAAGCACUGCCCUGGAGUCUCCGUGUGCCCGUUCUGUGUGAAGUGGCACGGCCAGAGACUCGCCUGAAGACGAAAUGCCGGUGCCAUCUGUUGGUGCCUCUCCCUCGUUCAUUUCUUGACCGGUGCCACACUGCAAGCCCACAAAUGGCGAGAGCCCGAGGUGUGCGGGCGCCACAGCACUUCGCUUGGGGGGAGGGAGCGCCUCUUCCUUUUUCUACCUCACUGUGUAUUCCCCUGAUCCCGUGCCCACUUUGCAUGCUUUGGUUACUGGACAAGUCGUUUUGGAGGCGCGGGCCGAUCCAAAGGUAGAUGUUAGUUUGUGUUUCUGUAGGACUCGCCUUAGCACUCGCUUUUGCUCUCUUGCCUUGACAAUCGGGCUUCUGCCCAAGGACGCUCGUUUAAUUUGUAGGUCACUUGUGGGCCUCUGGAUGUCCCGCCACCCAGUGCAAUAUUGAACCAAAAAAACCAAAGGGAGUAGUCGUAGGAGGCCGACUCGAAGGACGCUGCAGAAGCCUUGCCCGCCCAGCCGCCUCCACGUGUGUGCCACUCCUGUCCAGCCCUCAUGUCCCCCAUUUCCUUCUUUCUUUUCUUUCUCUGCAUUUGAAGAUUCCCCUCAAGAACUUGUGUGACGCAGCCUGAUGGAUGAGCACGUUUGGCCCAGCGGAGCCCACCAGUGUGGCACAGAGCGUGGAAGUGGGCUGCAGCUGAACCCACUGGCGGUCUCGUGGCGCUUAACGUUAACGGUUAAAAAGUGCGCUUGCUUUGUGGUGGGAGGCUGUAGACUGGGGGAGCCAGCGGCAGGAUGGGGUUUGGGCACUGGCUUCACUUUGUUCUUUGUUUGAUGCCCGACGUGUUGGGUGGGCCUCCUGCUGUUGUGUAUUCUGACGCUGUAGAUACAGACAGACGUACGUACGUUCACUUUAGUUUUUAAUAAAAGUCCGACUCUGCA